AUGAGUUCUCAGACUCGGGAUACCCACGCCACUUCAUCAGGUACUGGUAGUGACCAUGCAGAAGACUUUGUUCAAGUAACUGCUCUACAUGGAACUGGGGGGUUUCAUGCCUAUCAAGCAACGCCGGUGGCGGUCAGUAUGUUGGCUGAGAGCCACUUGAAUCUGUUGAAAGAUGUGAAUACCCUCCGUGAGACUUCGGGUCAAACCCAGCGUGCUCUGAACGAAGCGCAGUCUCGUCUAGCGACGCUGGAAGGCGAACACGCCCGUCUUUAG